AUGGCUUCUUUCAAACAUCUUCAAAAGGUUGGGAAUGAGGACACAAUCGAGAAGAUCUCGGAGGUCCUAAUUGGGUUGAAACCUUGGUUGCAAGGCAAUGCCAAAGCUGCCGAUGCGGACGAGAAUGGUAUUGUUCAAAUAUGGACAGAUCAAAUUGAUCAGGCUACAUUGCCGCUUCGCCGAUUGAUAUAUGAGGGACACGCCCAGUAUGCUCUGAUAAAAACUACUCGACCGGCCGACACGCCGCAGAACAUGCCCUUUGCCAUAUACACAAUCCUACAAGCCGAGGCUUCUUCGUCCAUAGACGAAGUGGCUCUGAGUCCCGCAGAGUCCAUCUGGAUUGAAAAGCCCGCCCAGCUCGGGGAAGGCAUGACCUUUCUAAUUGUCCAGCCAAUCUACCCAACACGAUUGCUUCUUCAGAGCGAGGAAACUCAUCAGGAGACAGCCAUGGAAGUGGAGGAAAUGACACAUGAUAUUGCGUGGUACCGCAGUAUCAUUCGCGGCAACAAGCUCGACUACAUAUGUCCUUCGUGUAAAAAGGGAUACCAAGACCGGGCCAACCUGCUCGAACAUUUCAAUAAAAGCGCGAGCUCAGAACUAAGUAACGCUCAACAUCGAAAGCUGGCCAUGAUUCGCAGACACAGAGGUGACUGGGAACUGUUUGUCCAGGGAAUGCAGGAAUGCCUAGGUCCGAUUCCUGCCCAAAGUCUUCGAGAUGGCGCAGGGUGUUUCGAAGAGAGGUUUCUGAGGGAAUUGAGCUAUAAAGCUCACCGGAGAUGUGAGAGUGCAUGCAUAGAUAUAGUGAUUGGCUUGUGGUUUCUUGCUGACGUUCGAUUCUGA